GAGAACUGCUGAACACUGCGGCAGAGAGGAGCUGCAGAGGAUAGACGGACAUUCUCAGGGAGGAAGGUGCCAAUAACAAGACAAGAAAAUGAAUUAUUUACUGCCAUUUUCUCUUACUCUGUUGGCAUUUCAGACAGCAUGUGGACAGAAAAUUACCCUUUUCACUGCCUGUAUAUCUGGGGCUGGUCCCAAAUUGCGGUUGGACUGCCGAUACCAGAACAUCACAAACAAUCAACUGCGUUAUGAAUUUCGGGUGAAUCGUGAACGAGAACUGAUCAUUGACACUACAAUGAACCUUAACUUCUUUAGUGAGAAAUACCAUAACCGGGCUAGCACUUUCCUAUCACGUGGUUUGGUUCAGCUUCAUCUUGAGCGCUUCAAUGCCUCCGAUGUGGGCCUUUACAUAUGUGCCCUGAAUAUUCCUAAUGACUUGACCAUUAAUCAGACAGCCAGGGUUAGUGUUCAGAAAGACAAACUAGAACGAUGUGGAGGAGUAAGCACCUUUAAUCUCAGCUCAUCAUGGCCCCUUGUCCUGCUCCUCACUUUGCCUUUGCUCCAAGCUGGUGGGUUUCUUUAUCUCUGAAGAUCACAUUAUAUUGGUCUGGUCAGUGUCCUAGAGAUGUGAUGGGAACAACCCCGUAUCACUGCAUGGCUUCCACACUCUUCUUAGCAUCAAUCACCAAAUGCCUUUUAUCUGGACCCCUUUUUGGUAGAAGAAAUUGGGCAAAAAAUAAAUCAAACCUGCUCAUUCAUAAUUCCUUAAAAUGAACUGUAAUCACAGCAAUAGUUGUUGAUUUUGCCAUCACCGCUAAAUAAUUAUUUAUGGUCAAUACACUAUUUGUGUUGUUUAUGAAGUCUAAUUGUUGUGUAGUCAUCUUUGUAAGAAAAAUUUCACUGGGUCAACCAACAUCUUCUACAUUGCCAAUUUUCACUUUCAAAUAUGGUUGGGUUUUAUUUUUUUGAUAGUGAGUGAAAAUGGCAGAAAUUAAACAUUUAUGCUCCCUGUUUUACUUAAAUAUUUUGUCUUGUAAAAUGUAUUUGGGAAUGAGUAGCACUAGAUCUUGACCUUUAAUAUACUUCAGAUAAUUUUGAAUACACACUGAAGGAAACCAGAUGCUUAAAACUUAGCUUUCACAUGGAAUGAUUUCAUAUAAUAAGUAUGUAUAGCAAGUGUUUUACAUUUUUACAGAAACUAACAUUGAACUCUAACUAAAAACUUAAAGGACCACUAUAGG